AUGCUGCAGUACUUCGUUGGGAAGCUGUUCGGCGAUCUCCCAGCCAACUUCAACUUCGUGAUAGGGAAAAGGUUAGAGUGGCGGAGUCCCCAAAACGGGGGGUACUACGAAAUUUAUGAAGGCGUAGACAAAAACAAUGAAGGGGUAUGUAUAUUUAUAUAUGAUAAGAAAGGGAAGGAAGGAAGUAGUAGGGAGAAAAGAUACACAAGUAACCAUUUGGCUUUUUCCAAAAAAUUAAUUCAUCCAAAUAUUUUGAAAGUCCUAUAUACAUACGAGAGUGAUAAGAGGAUCUACAUAGUGACAGAAAAAUGUGUCCCGUUGCACAUUGAGGGGGUAAAGAGUGACCCCUUAUGGGGUUUAUAUGAAAUAUUUAGCGCAGUAUAUUUUGUCAGCAUGUGUAAUUAUGUGCACUGUUUGGUGAAUCCUUUAAGUGUUUUUGUAAAUGAAAGAGGGAGAUGGAAAUUGUCCCUUUUUGACUGUAUUCACGAGAAAGGGGAAAAUAUCCAUCAAAUUUUGAAUGACCUACAGAAUCACAUAGUUUGUACUUACGGAUAUGCAGUUCCCAUUCCGAGUGGAGUUCAUGCCACGUGGGUAGAUGCAUACGGAUUGGCUUUCCUAAUGGCUUGGUCGUACAAAAGUUACCUCGAACAGACAAGCCAUUUUGUAGGUGCUCAUCCAGGUGUUCCAUCCAUUAGUAGUCCCCAUGGCAGUGGCGCCAUUCCAUCACGGGGAGGAAAUUAUUUAAAAACGCCAAUGUUGAAUGAGGAGGAUGCACACGAGGGAUUAUCACCCAUAAAUGUGUUUGAAGUAGACCUUCAUAGGGCCGCACAGGAAUGCAUACCGAAGAGAUUGUUCCCAUUAUAUAGUACCUUACUAAAGUAUAGUAAAAAUGAAAUAAACUUGUUCACAAUUUUAAAUGAUGAGAGCCUGAGGAGAGAUAACACGAUAAGUACAAUGUUGUUCCUGACACAAAUACAUAUGAAGUCGAAGAGCGAAAAGGUGCACUUUCUGGAUAACCUGUUUAGCAAACUAGAUAAUAUCUCAUCAAGUGUAAAAACGGAGAAAAUUUUACCUGAACUGGUUCAGAAUAUUGAAGUGUCUGAGAGUAGGGUGACCUGUCUGAAAAUCAUCUUAACAAUUUCGAGAGAACUACCAACAGAGCACUUUGACAAAAUAAUAUUUCCAACUGUGUCCAAAUAUUUUUCCCUAAAGGACAGAUCAAUCAGAUUCGUUUUGCUGGAGAACUUCCAUCACAUAGAGAGGCACCUCACCAGUAACCACAUGAACGAAAUAUACAAUUCCUACCUCUAUGGAUUCUUGGAUAAUAAUACGUCCAUAAAAAAUGAGAGUAUAAAAAAUUUCAUUUAUGUGUUUCCAAAAUUGAAGUCAAAUUUUAAGUCUUCUUCUUUGAUGGUUCUGUUGGAUAAUUUGAGAGAUUCUGAUUUUUGCGUUAAGACAAAUACGAUAAUUUGUGUGGCAAAAAUUGCGAAACAUAUUUUAGACGAUAAAGAGAAAAUACUUGAAAACGUCUACAGGGUUGGAUUGCAGGAGUCAUUUGUUCAAACUAGGUUAGCCACAAUCCAGGCUGUCAAAUUUACAUAUGAUCAAUUCAGUGCGAAGAAGUACGCUUCGAAUAUUUUGCCGCUCCUGGUUAAGGCCCUCAUUGAUGAUUCAGCGGAGGUUCGCGUUGCAGCGUUUGACGCGAUGGACUCCGUUUGUGCGCAGCUCAGGGGGGAUCUGCUAAAGGGUACCAGUAACAGUAGCAGUAGCAAUGUACCGAUACCCAGUGGUACGUCAAAUGGGAACGCUACUUCCACUUUUCCAGUUGAGUCCCUAAAAGGUUACACUUUUAUAAAUAAGAUAAAGGGAAUUAUCACCGCGAAGGGGGAACUGGAUGCUGGAAGCGGGUUGCUGGCAACCCAGGAGGAAGGUCUCAGUGUGGGUGACCUCUCCGGGAGAACUGUCCAAACGGGUCCGACGAAUAGCGAUCCACUUAGCACCUUCGUUUAUGAUGUGCCCCCCGUCGGAGGCGCACUCGGCGCGGCAGGCAGUAGACCUCACCUUAAUGUGAAUUCCCAAACGGGGGUGUAUAACAGCGGGGAGAGGCACUUGGCCGCGUUCCAGCAUCAGAGUUACGACCAAAGAGAAAAUUUCAUUUUUGAGGAGGAAAUGAAAAAUUACCGCAACAGAGGAAGGGGUGGCCACGACGAACAGGGCAACCAUGGCGACAAUUACAAUUGUGAGUUGGCAAGCAUGAACAGAUCAGGUGCAACCAACCAAGAGGGCAACCUUCUUGACGGCAACUUCCAUUUGGGGGAGACCGCCAAAAGAACGGCCCCGAAAACGGCCCAAAGAAUCGACCUUGACAUAGAUGACUUUUUUAAGGAGUUCGACUUGAAAGAGGACAGCAGUGCCAAGGUGAAAUUGAGUUCGUUGUAG